AUGGCGCAAUCCACAUUCGAUGCCAGAACGGCCUCGUUUCUCAACUGGUUCCGAGCCUUGCCGGGUGCGACAUUCCACCCAAGCAUCCAGAUCCAGGACCUGCGGCCUCGCAGUGCCGGCAGAGGCAUUGUUGCGACGGCCGACAUCCCAGAGGACACUGUGCUCUUCACAAUCCCCAGGAAUGCCAUCAUAAACUCACUAACGUCUGAUCUCGCCAAGAGGAUCCCCCAGAUAUUCGAGGACUCGACGACAGGCUUGGAAGAUGCCGACAAUGAGGCUGAUGAGGACGGUGACGCCAGUGGGCCGCCGGACUCGUGGGUCUCCCUCAUUUUGGUCAUGAUUUAUGAGUUCCUGCAAGGAGACCAGUCGCGCUGGAAGCCCUACUUCGACGUGCUCCCAGAGCAAUUCGACACGCUCAUGUUCUGGUCCGAACCGGAGCUCCACGAGCUGCAGGCCAGCGCCAUAACGUCCAAAAUCGGCAAGGACGAGGCUGACAACAUGUUCCGCGCCAAGGUCCUGCCCGCCAUUGAGGAACAUGCUAAUGUCUUCUACCCCCCGGGAGCCCAAAGAUUGAGCGAAGACCAACUAAUGACGCUGGCUCAUCGGAUGGGAAGUACCAUCAUGGCGUACGCGUUCGACCUCGAGAACGAUGAAGAAGAACCAGACGAGGAGAAUGACGAUGAGUGGAUGGAAGACAGGGAUGGUAAAAUCAUGAUGGGCAUGGUCCCAAUGGCGGAUAUCCUGAACGCGGACGCAGAGUUCAAUGCUCAUGUCAACCACGAGGAUGAGAGCCUGACUGUCACCAGCUUGAAGCCGAUCCCUGCAGGCACAGAAGUCCUCAAUUACUAUGGCCCCUUAUCCAACGGCGAUCUGUUGAGACGGUAUGGCUACGUCUCUGAGAAGCACUCCCGAUAUGAUGUAGUAGAGCUACCGUGGGAUUUGGUACUUUCGGUCCUACAGGAACGCCUCAAUCUGGAUGACAACCAAUGGGGCAAAGCGCUCAAUGAACUGGAAGAUGAAGAGAUUGAGGACUGCUUCGUUAUCGAUAGAGACCUAGACGGCCCCGACGAGAAGGGUGACGUGCAUGGUGAGGUUGCUCUUAAGCGACUCCCAGAAGAUCUCCUAGAGCAGAUCAACACGUUCCUCAAGGCUAUCCGGAAAGCAAGCCCAGAGUCAAUCCCGGACAAGCGGAAACGCGAUGAGAUUUCUGUUGCCGCCAUCCACCGAGCAUUGGAGCUCAGGCUAGCACAAUAUCCCACCACGGAAGCAGAAGAUCUGAGUUUCGCACGGAGUGGGCAAGUGUCGGGCCGACAGGCAAUGGCUGUGGCGGUUCGGGUUGGUGAGAAAAACCUGUUGCGACAAGCGAUUGACCUGGCCGCCGACAAAAUCAACAAAAUGAAUGGCCCGGGAGAUGUUGCAGAACCUACAGCCAAGCGGCAGAAAAUGUAG